GAUACCUCUCCCCGGCUGCUGUUUUCUUAUUGUGCGCCAGGGCUUUGCGAGGAUAGGGCAGCGAUGAAAACGCGCACCUGCUUUAGAGGCAUUACGGUAGCGCAGCAAACUGUCCCCGCGCAACACACACACUCCACACUCGUGUGCAUUCACAGCCCUAGUGAUUCAACCCUGAUUUCCAGCGAACGAGCAAGCAACAGACGGGAUGCCAAAAAGUGAGGACCGGUGGAGAGGUUGUUCGCGCUGAAUAAGCCUCUUGAAGAGAUAGCGGAGGAAGCAGUCGCAACAAAACAAGACGAGAAGCUGCGCUCUUUCGCCGCGGCAACUUGCGCACAGUGCCAGAGUUUUAGCGGCAGUAUUGUUCUGACUUCACUCCAGAGGGGCCACUCCGAGGAGAGAGGACGCACACAAAAGGGGAAAGGAAAGGACUAACGAGCACGCUUUGUCGUUUAAAGUAAUGGUCCUGCGGUCUUAGAUCCUAGCUUUCUCUGUCCCUCUCUCUCUCCUCUCUGUUUCUUUCCAUUUUUUUUUUUUUUUGUUGUUGGUGAAUUUUUUCGUCCCAUCGGUUUGUGUCCCCUUUGUCGCCGCGAGAGAGUGGACGCGCCGGGGGCUCGAGGAGCAGAAGCAGGCUGUCCACAUGGUCCAACCACUGGCGUGAAAGUUGACUUCUUCCGAAAACAAGAGAACAGGUGCCAGUGAUGAUGGUGGAAUCAGCUUCUGAGACCAUUCGAACGACACCGUCCAACCAGAACGGAGUCAGCAGCCUCAGCAGCCAAUCAGAUGGUGGGGGAGUUAGAGAGGGCGGGUCUAACGGAGACACCAACGGAGAGAUCAGCCCAGUCGACUUACUGCACCUGCAACAGCAACAGGCGCUCCAGGCAGCCAGACAGUUCCUCCUCCAGCAGGCCUCUGGACUCAACUCCCCUGGCAGCAACGAGGUCAAACAGAGCCCUGUGCAGGUGCCUGUGUCCAUGGCGAUGAUGAGUCCACAGAUGAUCACUCCUCAGCAGAUGCAACAGAUCCUGUCUCCCCCUCAGCUCCAGGCCCUGCUGCAGCAACAGCAGGCUCUAAUGCUACAGCAGUUACAGGAGUACUACAAGAAGCAGCAAGAACAGUUGCAUCUCCAGCUUCUGACUCAGCAGCAGCAGCAGCAGCAGCAGCAACAGCAACAGCAACAGCAACAGCAGCAGGCCGGGAAGCAAGCAGCAAAAGAGCAGUUAGGCAGUAAGCAGUUGGCCUUCCAGCAGCAGCUGAUCCAGAUGCAGCAGCUUCAGCAGCAGCACAUCCUCAAUCUACAGAGACAAGGCCUGGUCCCACUACAGCCAACCGCCACCAUGCAGUCUCUGCAGCAAGCGAUGUGUCCGUCAGACCUCCAACAGCUGUGGAAGGAGGUGUCGGGGGUGCCGAGCAGUGAGGAGGCCCUGAAACAAGCCGAGGGCCUGGACUUGAGCACCAACAGCUCCAAUUCUACCUCAGCCUUCCCCAAAGCUGCCAGCGCUCACAUCUCACUGCACAGCCUGGCCAACGGUCAGAGCCACACCCCAAAGAGAGACAGAGCCAGACUGUUUGAGUGGAUAUCCUCCUUCACCAAGGCAGACAGCGGAGAUGACCAUGUCCCCCUUUACUCCAAAGGCAGCCAACCCCCCAGCAGCCAUCAUGAGGAGCACGCCGGCUCCCAUCCUCUCUACGGCCAUGGAGAGUGUAAGUGGCCUGGCUGUGAAGCACUGUGUGAGGACAUGGGACAGUUCAUCAAGCACUUGAACAAUGAGCACGCCCUAGAUGACCGCAGCACUGCUCAGUGCCGAGUCCAGAUGCAGGUGGUUCAGCAACUGGAGAUACAGCUGGCGAAAGAGAGCGAGCGACUCCAGGCCAUGAUGGCCCACCUGCACAUGCGCCCCUCAGAGCCAAAGCCUUUUAACCAACCUCUGAACUUGGCUUCCAGUGGCUCUCUGUUAAAGCGGGACAGCGAGGCCUACCCAGAGGGUCUUCCGCACCCCCCCACCUCAGCUGCCACCCCCAUCACGCCACUGCGCCAGGGACCCUCGGUCAUCAGCUCCUCCAGUCUGCACACACACUCCCACUCCCACACGCACGGUGUCGGGCCCAUACGUAGGCGCAACUCCGACAAGUACUGCACCCCCAUCGCCUCAGAGCUGGCUCAGAACUGUGAGUUCUACAAGAACGCUGAUGUCAGGCCUCCCUUUACCUACGCCUCUCUUAUACGUCAUGCCAUUCUGGAGUCCCCAGACAGACAGUUGACUCUCAAUGAGAUCUACAACUGGUUUACACGAAAGUUUGCCUAUUUCAGGAGAAACACAGCCACAUGGAAGAAUGCUGUGCGCCACAACCUGAGUCUGCACAAGUGUUUUGUUCGUGUUGAGAAUGUGAAGGGGGCCGUGUGGACUGUGGAUGAAGUUGAAUACCAAAAGAGGAGACCACCAAAGAUGACCGGAAGUCCCACUCUGGUGAAAAACAUGAUUUCAGGCCUGGGCUUUGGAUCCCUAAACGCCAGCUACCAAGCGGCUCUGGCAGAGAGCAGUCUGUCCUUGCUGAACAGCCCUUCCCUGCUGACCUCUCCAUCUGCGGCCAGCCUCAACAUGCUGCAUGUGGGCCACGAUGAUGUCAGCUCCACUGUGGAGCAGGUCAACAGCAAUGGGAGCUGUAGCCCCACGCUCAGCCCUCAACAGUACAGCCACCAGGUGCAUGUGAAGGAGGAGCCCACUGAGGUGGAGGAGGACAGUCGGCCAGUAUCCCUCCUGGCCGGUGUCACACACAGCCUGCCAUUGCCGAGCGACGAGCGCGACCUGGAGGAGGAUCUUCCCACCGAGGAGCUGGAGUAGGACAGAUGCAAGAUGGACCAGAGGGACAAGACAUAGCGAGAUCAAUCCCUGAGCCCUCUCGUCAGUGUGAAGAGGAAAAGAUAGCUACAGUACACUUAAGAGAAAAGAGAGAAAAAAAGAGAAUGUUUUUUUUUUUGUUUAUAAGAAAAUGCAAGCAACCAAGGACGACAUUGAGAAACUCCAAACAGGGUUAGAUGACCUCCGUUACUUUCAGACGCAAAAACAAGACUGUGGAGCACUGCUUUACCUCCAUGUGUUUCUUUUCCAACACUUGGCUCAGAGGUGUAACACCACUCAAUACAUACACCCUCACACAAAAAACACACGCACACACACACACACACACACACACACACACACUCAUUCACUUGUCAAACCAUGUCUCAUCAUCCUCCCUGGUCAAAUCAGCCUCUGUGUAGAGACCCUUAGAGGUUUGGACACACACUCUCCUCCUCGCCCCACCACUCUACAUACACCCUCCUCUCUGUUGUCUCGGGCUGCCUGGCUAGCCGUUUUUAUCUCUUCAUUAGUUGAGAAGACACACAGGUGUGUGCGUGUUAGAAAGAGAAGGACACACACACACACACACACACAGGAUCAUGUGUAUAUAGAUUUGGAGCAGUCACCAGGGGCUGUGCAUUGUACCUCUCCUUCUUCCCUCUCUUUGAGUCAAUCACUUGCUUUUUCAUUUUCUUUGAUUCGACUGAAAUGAAACUGUUGGGCUUCAAGAUGGGAAGGAAGGAAGAGUGCUUUCGAAGAGUACCUCCAGCAGUGCUCCAGCACUUCUGCAGAGCGGGCUCCUGUCUCCAUGUCGAUGUGUGAGCCCACGGAGAGGCUGACCCAACAGAGGCGGCGUGGCCCUGGUCCCUGUCCAAACUUCUGCCCCCAGCAAGACACUUAGUGACGGACAUCUUUUAAACUCUUUGCUUCUAAGUGAGAUAAAAAAGAAGACCUUUUCCUACCCCACCUCCAUCCCUUCCCAUCCCCCGCGAAAUGACUGCAGGAAUAGGACCAUUUGGUGCUGUCCUUCUCCUCUCCUCUGUUUGUGGAUGGAGUGACGAGCUUGGAACACUUUGAAAAUGAGAAGAAAAGAGGGGAAGCAGAGAGAAAUGAGGGAGGAAGCGUCUACAGAAAUAUUGUGACUAAAAAAGAAAACUGUUGAUGAUUAUGGAACAUAACAAGAAAAAACGUGUGGUAGCUUUUGUCAUUUCCUUUUUUUUAUUUGAUGUUAUUAUCAUUGUUUAUUUUUGAGGAUCAAUAUUUCCACGGUGGCGUUCUGUUUCGACGUACCUUUUCUAUGGAUGCUGUUUUUGUUUUUGUAUUGUAAUUUGUUUGAUUUACUCUGGCUGUUCACAUCAUUCCAAAUGAGUAUUGGCAAAAAAAAAAGAAAGCGCAGUAUUGUCCCAACUUGUGAUACCCAACCCCCACUCCUGCCCCUCUCCCUUUCUGUUCCAAGUGUAGCAGGCAAGAAAUUUGGAAAUAGCACUUAAAGUUGCCAUUAUCCAGACAGAUUAUUUAACAGCUGAAUCUUUUUUUAAAUUCUCUCUCAUUCAUUUGUUUUUGGUUGUGUAUUUAGUUGAGAAAUAUCAGUAAUGCUUUAAAAAAUAUAUAUAUAUAUUAUUACUGCAGUCAGAGAAUACCUCAUCCCACAAAGGUUCUGCCUGGAACUGUGUCCAAAUUGAUAAACAAAUAAGGGGGAAUUCUUUCUGUGGGACAUCAAAUGCGGCAACUCUGCUCAGCUUCGAUUCAAAGCUCUAUGGUUGUAAUAGUUACUGUAUAGAAGCUAUCUGCAAUUCACUGUGUGAGUUUGUGUUAAAAGGAAUAGCGCGUGAGAUUUAUUUUUUUGUUUGUUUUCCGUGAGCAUAAAAGCAUUACUUUUCUCUACAGUGCCAUACCAAAUUUAACAUUUAUUUUAACCUAUUAUCUGCUUAUUCCCAUUUUAUUUUUGUUACAGGUAACCAAAGAAAUAUGUAGAAAACCAAAAACCCUGUAGUUUAUUUUGCCCUUUUUGAGUUUCAUUUUUUUUUCUUCUUAAAGAAUUGGCCAAAAGACAACAAACCAGGAGUUUGAAUUCUUAUUAUUGUAUUCAUAUAACUAUUGUGUUGACAUUAUACAUGACUUACAGUGCGGACCAUUCCAAAAACCAAAGUGUGUAAAGCCAACUAGAAUUUAGAGACAUCAAAGCUUUUACAUGAUAAGCGGUUACGAAUGACUCACAUUAGGUAUGAGGCCAAAAACUAGUAUCAACAAACCUCGCACAGUUCCUCUGAAAAAUGAAAAUAAAGAGAAAAUUUAAAAAAGCACUUAGAGGUGAAACCCUGUCUCUCCCACGCUCAGGCUAAACUGUAUUCCAAACACAAUCCUAGGACUGGCCCUACUAUUGCAUGAGCAGGCCUAAAAAUGAGGCACUCGUGAGGCAUUUGAACACAACAUAUACUCCAUUGAUCUUUACAACUUGAGAUGCCAACAAAAAGAAAGGUUAAAUACAGAAUGAAAAUAUUUGGCUCUGUCAAAUCAACCUGGCUUUACAGGAUACUUUUACUGGUGCUGUCGUAACAAACAUUUGGAGUUUUUUAAUCUAGGAAACAAACAUACCCUCUUGUGGUUACAGAAGUCACAUCUUUGGACAGGGAGGAGUUAUUACAAAAGCAUAUAUAUAACAAUAAAGAGGGAACAACUUAAAAUAAUAGAAAUAAUAUAUACCAAUAUAAGAGGAAAACAACCAAGGGACAUAUAAUUAAAAGUUGGGUUCAUUUUUUCCAUACUUUUUCUCAAACUAUCUCUUGCACUUCAGUCGAUUUUUCUUAUUUAAUGAAAGAACCUUUCUGAUGACUUUGCGUUCAUACAGGACUGUUUCCUGUCACAUUACAGACUGAUUUCUAACAAGUACAAAGUGGCAGACAGGCAUCUUGAAACAAGAUAAAAACCAAAAAUAACACUACCUCCUUUUCAAAAUGGUUCAACACAUAGCCAAUGGGAGACUGAACUCUCUUAAAUAUUUUUUUUCUCCAUUCUUCCUGGAUGAUAAUAAUGAAUGCCAAAAUUGUAUUUACACUUACUGUAUGACUGACACACAAAGAAGCUAUUUGGCGAUCCGGACUCCCUAACACAUCUGCUUGAGCCCAAAAACAUAGAGACGUUUCACUUUCCAUGGAAUUAAAAAUGACUACCUCUCCUUAAACCACAUCUAAAGCACUCUCUACGUCUCAAAGUGUGUUGUGAAGUGCUCACUAUAUAUGAAAAGUUUUCUAUCAGCUGUUUUAAACUGACCAUACACCCAAUUAUCACUGAGCUAUGUAAACAGCCUCUCAACGAUGUGCUUUGACUGUAUGUGUGCAUAUUUGUGAUCUCAGCCAAUGAGAAACUGGUCAUUAAUGGCUAUGUGGUGUUGCAUGAAGCUUGGUUGUCAGGUGUAAUGAUGGGCAGAAUAUAUCAGUGCCACCACACACACACACACACAGGGGUAUAGUAUAACAGAAGCAUAGAAGCAGGGCUAUGGGUUAGUGCAACAGAGGCUCUGACCAUCCAGAUAUCCAAAGACCCACAACACAGCAGCACCUGCUUCACCAAAACACUCGCAGAGACACUGAGAGGACUAACACACACUUAAUGAAACUCAUCACUACUACUAGUAAUAUCCAAACCAAGAGGAACUGCUGCAUACAGUACAUAGAUGAUCUCUGACUUGUGCUUUAAGGUACACCUGUAAACAAAGCUGUUUUAUAAAGAUGUAGAUUGUUCACAGGUCGCCAUGUAACACUUCUGUUCUUUCUCCAGCUUGGCAUAACAUGAUGUAUUCUUGUAUAUUAAUGCUUGACUUAUCUCUCCAGGGCAUUCUUUCCCAUUUUGUCCUUUGAUUUUCUCUUCUUUUUUUUCUGCACCUGUUUAGCUAUUGUAAAGCUUUCAGCUCUGAUUCUAUACUGUACUGCUAAUGCUGAAGUAUAUGUAUUUAUCAUAUUAAGUGCUGCAGGUAUCUUGGUUUAUUAGUUUUGUUUUUGUUUUGUUUGUUUCACCUUUUUCAGUUCUUCAUAAAACGUCUGGGACGCUGAUUUUUUAAGUGUAUUAUCUCUAAAAAAAAAAUUAAAAGAAUAAAAGUUAGAUCAGUGGUUUAGGUAACACCUGUUUGUAUAUUUAUCUUAGCUAGGUCUAUUUUGAUACUUUUUUGUCUCUGUACUGCAUUUAUGCAUUUUUAAGGAAAGAAAAAAAAACAAAUGGAAAACAAACUAAAAAGUUACUUCAUUAUGUAUUGAUACCUCAGAAGGACUUUUUCUCAAAGACAGGACCAAAACCUCCGAAAAGAAAAAGAGAAAGAGGAAAAAAUGUAAGAAUAUGUAGCCCCUCUCUUGCUUUAAAAAAUGCGGAGCUCUAGAAAGGUAUUGCUGUUGGUCCUCUCAGGUGCCAAUAUGUGUCCGAGCUCCCUGUGACCCCUCCCUGUGACCCCUGACCCCUGUCAUUCCUGUGCUGAAACUCCGACCCACAGAGCUGUCAAUCAUCUGCAGGCGCCGUGGGGGUGUCACUGAGUCACACACCUGACUGGUGGUGACCAGUCACAAGCCUCAUCUCCCAGUCCCACAGAGGCAGAUCAAAGACUGACACUGUUGCAUUUUUGAUACUCCUUCUCUUGCGUAGUCUCAAUACCAAAAUGUGGAAUGGCCCUCAGAGAUGCAGCUCAUCCUCUGACUACCAAAGGCAUUGCAAGCAGCCAUUUGCUUAGUCCAAACUCCUAAACUGUAACCAAACUGUAACCAAACCAAUGCCACAACCUUAACCAAACAAAAACCAAGCUACUUCCAAAACUCUCCAUCGACUUCACUGAUCACGUUUACUGAUAGCUGUUAUCUCUUGUACAUCCACAUAAUGGUGUUAUAGGACCAGCCUGCAGCCUAUUGGCUGGUGACUGACUCAGAGGACAAAGGGGGCCCAAAUCCUGAUGUGUGAUUGGACAGUUCUGAGGUGUCAUGUGAGGGGGAAGGGACUCUCAAAGUGGAGCUUUGCCUGACGGUAUUAUCAAGUAGACAGCCAGAAUCCGAUGGAACUACCACUUCAGCUCUCCUCUGGUUAAACCUUAGGAAUGUGUGUACAUUUUCAGCAGUGACUCUCUGAAUUGUUUCUUAGUUUCAGUUUACCUGUUUACCUCUCUUUAUCCUUUGGUUUUUGUUCUGUUUCUUGUUAUUUGAAAGUGUGACCCGAGGAAGAGGCGGGGACAGGGACUGGGUGGUGGCUUUAGACAGACAGUGGAGCCCAGCCCUCUGACCCUCCACCCCGGGUAGCCAUGUAAUGCCAGUCACUGCCCUUUCCUUCAUGCUGUAUAAAAACACACACAUAUAUCUGUGUAUUUGUAACCUGAAUUUUCUUGUGUCUGUCCAUGCAGACAAUAAAAAAACUGUACAGUAGGUCUAGUUGCAUGUAAUCUGUACUAAUUAUUGACAAUGGCAUUAUAAAAUGCAAUAAAAUACUUAUUACACUGUC